AAAGGCUGUUAGGUACGAUUGCAGUUCAGAGCUCGCAGCGGAGGAAAUUCAAUUUCUCCCUUUUCCGGUGAAAUUGUUUCGAGAUGAUGAAUGGAGAGCCGCAGGAGGAGGUGUUCAUGGAGGAAGACGGCGGCGGCGCGGCGGCGGCGGGGGACGGGAAGGUGCGGGGGACGUGGUCGCCGCAGGAGGACGCGAUUCUGAGCGGGCUCGUGAGCAAGUUCGGGGCGAGGAAUUGGAGCCUGAUCGCGCGGGGAAUCCCCGGGAGGUCGGGGAAAUCGUGCCGCCUGCGCUGGUGCAAUCAGCUCGACCCCGCCGUCAAGCGCAAGCCCUUCACCGAUGAAGAAGACCGUAUCAUUCUAGAUGCACAUGCAGUUUAUGGAAAUAAAUGGGCUUCCAUUGCAAAACUUCUCCCCGGGAGAACAGAUAAUUCUAUUAAAAACCAUUGGAAUUCUACAUUAAGACGUAGGUGUUUGAAAUCCACGAGAUCACCUCCAGCUCCUGGACAGAUGUUGCAGGAUACCGGCACCAACUGGAUGCAGGCAUCUAUAGAAGGAUCCUCAGCUGGUUCGCCUCUUAACUCGUUCAAAUCGGAAACGCUGGUGAUGUCCUAUCAGCCAAAUUCACCCACUCCUGAACCAAAUGAAGCCAUUGUAUCCGAUGGAUCUCAAAAGUCAUCGAGGUCAUCAGAACUGGAGGAUAUGAGAUUGAUGGAAGAUCAAUCAAACGAAUCUGGAGGGAAUGCAUUGGCCUCCCUUCAUCACUCUGCUCAAGGGGAACAACCUGCAAUCUCACGCCCAGUUGCAAAACUUGGGGCGUUCAACCCCAUUUACAAAGACACACUACUCGCAGGAACAAGAACUGCACAGGAUUCAGGGCUAUGCGGGUUUGUUGACGGGGAGCACGUGAUUCCAUCACAAUGUGGGCACGGUUGCUGUUCAGCUCCCACUGAGAAUCCUGCUCACAGAUCAUUGCUGGGACCAGAAUUCGUGGAAUACGAACAACUCCCUGCUAUCUCAAGUCAGGAGAUGAUGUCCAUGGUGACGGAUUUGAAUAGCAUUGCCUGGAUCAGAAGUGGCCUUGAGAAUACAGGGAGGCUUUCAGCCGAUGCAAGGAGCUCUGCGCUUAUGAACAUGGACGAGAGGAUGAGAAAUGAUCAUUUCUUAUUUACUAGUGUGACGAGCGAAGCAAGGCCGAGCCAGAUGGCAAUGCCAGCGUUUAAUCUCCGUGCUCAGCUUGAAGGCAUGAGCUGAUCAUGUCUUUAUCUGGAAAGUGGAAGCAAUUUUCCACCAUCUUCUCUCUCCAUUUCUUCGGAGAAGAUCAAGAAAUUUUGUUCGAUGAUAUAUCAACAGCAGUGUCUUUAUCAGUCUUCUACUAAUGUUAAUGUUCUUGAUGUAUAGUCCUCUCUCGUUUCUAACAUUUGUCUUAAUUUUGCAGACACUCCAUCAAGUUAUUUCGUUGCUUAUGAAUUUUGUGUUCGUUUUCUUCAA